UCCCGCUGCCGCUCCCUCUCCCUCCGGUGCCCAGCCCGGCGGCAGCGCAGCGGCGGCGGCCGGGGGCGGCGGCGGCGGCGCGGAUGCCCGGCCCGCUCCAUCCAGGAGGUGGCAGGGACAUUAGCCAGGGGGUCUCACAGCUCACCCGCGGGCUGGGAGGGGCUGAGAGCGACAGAACAGCCCCUGAAGCACGACCCAACGCCGUCCACCGUGUAUGAGGCUGGGACACAGUACGCAGGACCCGCGUCCGCAGAGUCACUCCUUCCGAUGUCCCGGCAUGAGACUUCUCCGACAACGGUGCAACCCGCCAGCAACCACCGCCCCAACGCCUGCUGCUUCUGCUGGUGCUGCUGCUGCAGCUGCUCCUGGAACGAGGACCGAGAGCGAGCAUGGAGGGCAUCCCGGGAGACCAAACUGGAGAGCAUCCCAAACUGUGAAGCGUGUGCCAAACCCACGCCAGAGGAGGUGCAGGGCUGGGCACAGUCCUUCGACAAGCUGAUGAAAAGCCCGGCGGGGCGCAACGUCUUCCGGGAGUUUUUGCGGACUGAGUACAGUGAGGAGAACAUGCUCUUCUGGCUGGCAUGUGAGGAGCUCAAAACCGAGUGCAACAAGCACACCAUCGACGAGAAGGCCAGGAUGAUCUACGAGGACUACAUCUCCAUUCUCUCUCCCAAGGAGGUGAGCCUGGACUCGCGGGUGCGGGAGGUCAUCAACCGGAAGAUGCAGGAGCCGUCCUCGCACACCUUCGACGACGCGCAGCUCCAGAUCUACACGCUGAUGCACAGAGACUCCUAUCCCCGCUUCCUGAACUCUGCCAUUUACAAAUCGCUGCUCCAGACCAUCUCCCACUCCUCCUCGGAGUCCUAAGGGCACCCACUAGCCGUGGGGACACCAGUGGGGACAUAGUGGUCAGGGGCAGUCAGUGCCUCCUCCCCUCUGCUGCCCACCUUGCUAGAC